AUGGGUAAUAGUAUUUUUAAAGGGUUAAUUGGGAUUAGACAAAAAACUCCAAAAACAGGUGAAAUAAAACCAUUACACAUUCGGUCAAGUAAUAGUGAAAUAAUAUGUUCAUUAGCACCAGAACCAACAAGUGAAUUUUUAUCGGAAAUUGUUAAAUUUGAAAAUGGUGAUUUACUAUAUGAAACGGAACACGCUAUAAAUUUACUUCUCUAUACAAAUAGAUCAACACAAAUAAGUAAAACCGGUUAUUUUAUGGCAAAAAUAUUUAAAAAUUCUCUUGUAUCCACAGCUAACGCGAUGAAUAACGAUGAACAGUUAGCUAAGCAUGAAUUUAAAGUAUUAUAUAAUUUAAUAGAAUGUCCAUUUUUUAUUCAGUCAUAUGGCUAUUUCAAAGCAGCGAAUAAUAUUGUUCUUGUCAAAGAUUAUAUACUUGGAGGAAGUCUGUUUGAUUAUAUUCGAUAUUUGGGAAAAAUGACCGAAAAGCAAAUAUUAUUUUUUAUAGGACAAAUUAUUUUGGCUUUAGAAUAUAUUCAUAAAAGAAAUAUUCUCUGUCGAACAUUGUGUCCUGAAUAUAUUCUUAUUGAAAAAGAUGGCUAUAUUAAGAUAAGCGAAAUGAGUGGAGCUCUAUUUGAACCUCAAACACACACGGACGUUGUAGGGAUUCCAGAAUACUUGGCUCCUGAAGUUAUUUUAAAACAACUAUAUUUUAAAGCAUCCGACUGUUGGAUGUUGGGUAUUUUAAUACAUAACCAUGCAAGUAGUUUAAUUAGAAAAUUAUUAAGAAGAGAAAUAUCUCAAAGACUGGGUUUUAAUGGUGGAGCGUCAAGCUUAAGAAUUGAUCCUUGGUUUAAAAAUAUUAAAUGGGAUGAACUUUACGAUAAAAAAUAUCCUCCACCAUUUAUUCCACAAUAUAAAAAUUUAGGUGACACAAGAAAUUACUCACAGUUCAAUAAUGAAGAAUUAAGAGCACAUCAAACAAGAUUAAACGUUACACCUAUUAAGAACAUCUGA